UGGACAUGUUGGCACGGCGGGCCCACCGCCGGCGGCAACAUUUCUAGCUGUCCUUGUUGUCCAUUUUUCAGGUGCAUUGCUCAUUGCUCGGGCGGAUCCAGAGUUAAGUUACAUAUGCCUCAGGGCGUACGCUUUGAGAUCUACGAUGCAACAAGCUCGAGUGUCGACAGGAGUACCGUGAAUCGAGGGACACAGCGUAGCCGACCGGAUCUCGUGCUACUGGCCAUUCAUUGGACAAUUGGACGAAGUUCCGUGUGGUCGUUGGCUUGUGCAGGUCUCGUGGGGAACGGCGAAAAUGAAAGAUUGGUCGACGACAACGGCCGUUGAAACGAGUGGAGGGAAGAUGGCGAUAGAAUAGUGGUAUGCGAGGACGGCAAAGGAAAAACGAAUGCCGAGUUCCAGGAAGAGAAAGCGUGGA